CUUUGUAUGAGGGUGUACAACAGUUCAGCCCUUGAACUUUAUUUGCUUCACAGUUUGAGCUAUUUAAAGCAUCUUAUUUGAGAACUUGUUAAAAUUAGAUUAAACUAUGAAAAACACUUCAAAUCUUGCAUAUCUGUAUCUUAAAACAUAUGCAACAUGUGAAGGGUUACCAUUACCUCUUUUGUUGUCUACACAACAGGCUGUUGAAAUAAUAUGACUGAAAAUUUAAAUAUUUAAGUAUGUUCAGAAAUGUCCAUUGCCUUCCAUGUCACAUUAGUGACACAUUCUUGUGUUUUCAAGCAGACCUGCUGGCUGAAUUUUUGUUCUUGUUUGUAAUAAAUGUUUAUUUCUUCUUCUUUUGAAAAAGCAUAACAUUUGGAAACCUUGAUAGAACAGUAUUUUCAGCACUGGUCUUGUAUGGAAGGUACAUGUACAGAAAUAAUUAGCUGAAGGAUUACAUUUUUUUUAAAAAGGCCUUUCCAAAUGUAUGCAGAGGUUUGCUGGCCCACCAAACAAGCCAUCUCCCACAGAAUACAAGUUGAAAGUGUCAACUUGCUUUUACCCUGCCUUGUUCUUUUGGCCUACCAGAACAAAUUAGAUUAAAUACAGAUGGGAUCUUAUAUUCAGUUAUAAUCUUGGAACGUUGUAAUCAGUUUUUAAGCUUUAGUAUUUGUGAACUGAUCCAACCAAUAUUCUGAACAACUGACUCAAAACUAACCACACGUAUAAAACCUUGUAAAUUUGAGACUGGCCUGUAGUUCUGAAACUGAUUUAGAUACAUUGCUAUUAGAAACAUAAUUUUGUACACAUUAAGUAAUGCUGUUAGUGUGUGGUGUUAUCCAUACAUAAAAUAAUAAUUGCAUGAAUGUGUUUUUGAAAACUUAACUAAAAAACAAAUCUUUUUAACAAACUAGGUUGGAUUCUUCACAGUUUUCAAUUGGUGCACUGCUGUACAAGUUGAAUCUUUUAAGAAUUGGUUUGCGCCCUUACCCUCUGCAGUCAUUGGCUGAGUAAUGUCUUUAUUUUAAAAACCACUGACUUCUAUAAACAUAAAUUUAAAGCUCUAAAAUGUGUUUCUUUGGAUAAAUAAUUCAAAAUUUAGAAUUUUGCAACCUUUACAGUUAAACUUAAAAAAGGCUUUGUUUGUUCUAAUUUUUGCAAAGCAUAGAUUGUUGCUGAACAUUUUGAAGCAUAUAAAUCCAUUGCUUUGAAGUGAUAUUAUCUUGAUGAAAAUAACACUUGAGCUUCUCCAAUUAUUCACUAGCCACACUAAAAAAUUCAUAUACAUGAGCAUUGAAUCAUAACAGGAUUGGCAUUGGUGCAAACUCCUACCUGUCCUCGUUAUAGAUUGAUAGCAUGCCAACACCCACUUUUGAGAUCUACACAUACUGAAUGGCAACUUGAGUGUGAUGCAACAGGUUAUGCCUGUGGAAUAAUUUUUCUCCAAGGAUCUGUGUUUUCAUGAGAAAUGGAAACAUAAAAAUGAAUUGACAAAGGAGAAUCUGGCUAUUUCAAUUUUGUGAUAAAGACAGAUUUCUCACAUCUCGGCUGGAGCUUGUCAUCCUCUGAAAUAAUUUGGAGUGGCCUUUUGGAAGCUAUUUUAAUGGUAGUUAGUUAGAUGCUAGUCAUGUGGUUGCUGUUGGGAGGCAUAGUGGGCCAGAUGGAAGUUUUUGUUUUUUUUUCAGGUGAGUGAGUUUGUAUUUAACAGUAAUAUCAGAAGUGUUGCUCUAUUUAGUACAUUUUCAGUUUAACUAGUGAUACAGGUCUAAUUGAAAGAGGUAUCAAACCAACGAAAUGUAUGUUUUAUCAGGGAUAGAAUCUGACAUUUUUGUAACUGUAUUUGCUCUAAAUAUGUUUGCCGGAAUUCCACGGGCCCAUACUAACUGUCCUUAAUUUCUUUCCUACAGCAGUACUGCUAUGACAGUCCUGUCUGCAUUCUUAAGGGUGCAGUGCAACAGAUCGUGUGUAGGUUAUGCUGAAAAAGUAAACCAAAAGGAAGUCCAAUGAAAGUGGCAGUAUGACACUGCCAGUGUAGCAUGUUUUUAGACAAACCCAAACUCAUAAUCCCAAAUUAAAGUAUCCUGUUGAAGUAACUUUUUAUGCUUAAAUAGUUGCAUUUACAAUUAUUUUUUUAAUAUGGUUAAUAUUAAACAGGUAAAAUUUGUGUUCUCCUAAGAAGUUUAUUAGUACACAUAUUGAGUGAGAUUUUAAAAACUAACACAAGGUGUGAUGUUUUGAAUUUUAAAACCCUUUCCAAAGUGUUACUAAUGGUAAAGAGAUAAUUUUCUAGGCUUCUGUUCUGCUGCUUGAAGUCAGAACUGCUGAUGGACACACAGGCCCGCCAGUGUGGAAAGACACCAGACCCUAAGGUCCAUGCCAGAACUUACAUGGAUGUUAUGCGAGAACAGCAUUUAACAAAGGAAGAGAGGGAAAUAAGGCAACAGCUUGCUGAGAAAGCUAAGGCUGGAGAUCUUAAGGCAGUCAAUGGAUCAGCCCAACAGCCUGCUAGGCGCAAGCGUCGCUGGGAUCAGACAGCAGAUCAAACUCCCAGUGCCACACCCAAGAAAGUAUCCAGCUGGGACCAAGCAGAGACUCCUGGACACACACCUGGACACACACCUGGCCAUACUCCAGGACAUACCCCUGGUCACACUCCUGGUCACACUCCUGGAAACACUCCUUCUCAGAGCCGAUGGGAUGAAACACCCGGUCGUUCAAAAGGCAGUGAGACUCCUGGUGCAACCCCAAGCACAAGAAUGUGGGAGCCUACUCCUAGCCACACACCAGCAGGGGCUGCUACACCUGGACGAGAUACACCUGGGCAUGCUACGCCAGGUCACGGAGGCGCAACUUCCAGUGUGCGCAAAAAUAGAUGGGAUGAAACUCCAAAAACAGAUAGGGAAACACCUGGGCAUGGCAGUGGCUGGGCUGAGACACCGCGGACAGACCGUGGAGGUGAUUCUAUAGGUGAAACGCCAACCCCUGGUGCAAGUAAAAGAAAGUCUCGUUGGGAUGAAACACCAGUUAGUCAAUUGGGUGGCAGCACUCCAUUGCUUACUCCCAGUGGAAUUACACCAAAGGGCACACCCGCAAUGGCUAUGGCAACUCCUACACCAGGUCAUUUGAUGAGCAUGACACCUGAGCAACUACAGGCAUGGCGUUGGGAGCGGGAAAUUGAUGAAAGAAAUCGCCCACUUACAGAUGAGGAACUGGAUGCAAUGUUCCCUGAAGGCUAUAAGGUCCUUCCACCUCCAGCUGGUUAUGUCCCAAUCCGAACACCUGCUCGUAAACUGACUGCAACCCCAACACCACUUGGAGGCCUAACUGGAUUCCACAUGCAGUCCGAAGAACGCAGCGCAAAGAACAUGAAUGACCAGCCCUCUGGGAAUCUUCCAUUCCUGAAACCUGAUGACAUCCAAUAUUUUGACAAAUUACUGGUUGAAGUUGAUGAAUCGACAUUAAGUCCAGAAGAGCAAAAGGAAAGAAAGAUAAUGAAGUUGCUUCUGAAAAUAAAGAAUGGUACUCCACCAAUGAGGAAGGCCGCUUUGCGUCAAAUAACUGAUAAAGCCAGAGAAUUUGGAGCUGGACCCCUGUUCAAUCAAAUUCUUCCACUGCUGAUGUCCCCAACACUUGAAGACCAAGAGCGUCACUUGCUGGUUAAAGUUAUUGACCGAAUUCUGUACAAAUUAGAUGACUUAGUUCGACCAUACGUGCACAAGAUACUUGUGGUUAUUGAGCCUUUGCUGAUUGAUGAGGACUAUUAUGCUAGAGUGGAAGGCAGAGAAAUUAUCUCAAAUUUAGCAAAGGCUGCCGGUCUUGCGACAAUGAUUUCCACUAUGCGUCCUGAUAUCGAUAACAUGGAUGAGUAUGUGCGUAACACAACAGCUAGAGCCUUUGCUGUUGUUGCUUCGGCUCUGGGUAUUCCAUCGCUGUUACCUUUCCUUAAAGCUGUGUGUAAAAGCAAGAAAUCAUGGCAGGCUCGGCAUACAGGAAUCAAAAUUGUACAGCAGAUUGCCAUUCUAAUGGGUUGUGCCAUCUUGCCUCAUCUGAGGAGCUUGGUUGAAAUUAUUGAACAUGGUCUGGUUGACGAACAGCAGAAGGUUCGAACCAUUAGUGCCCUGGCUAUUGCUGCCUUGGCUGAAGCUGCAACUCCUUAUGGUAUUGAAUCAUUUGAUUCUGUUCUAAAACCGUUGUGGAAGGGUAUUCGUCAGCACAGAGGCAAAGGUCUGGCCGCCUUCUUAAAGGCUAUUGGAUAUCUUAUUCCUCUCAUGGAUGCUGAAUAUGCUAAUUACUAUACUCGGGAAGUGAUGUUGAUCCUUAUCCGAGAGUUUCAGUCUCCUGAUGAAGAAAUGAAAAAGAUUGUGCUCAAGGUGGUGAAACAGUGUUGUGGAACAGAUGGUGUGGAAGCCAACUACAUCAAGACUGAAAUCCUUCCCCCGUUCUUCAAGCACUUUUGGCAACAUCGAAUGGCAUUGGACAGAAGGAACUACAGACAGUUAGUUGACACCACAGUGGAACUUGCAAACAAAGUUGGAGCAGCUGAAAUAAUAUCCAGAAUAGUUGAUGACUUAAAAGAUGAAGCCGAACAAUACCGAAAAAUGGUGAUGGAAACCAUUGAAAAGAUUAUGGGUAACUUGGGAGCUGCAGAUAUUGAUCACAAACUGGAGGAACAGCUUAUUGAUGGUAUUCUGUAUGCCUUCCAGGAACAGACUACUGAGGAUUCUGUAAUGUUAAAUGGUUUUGGUACAGUGGUAAAUGCAUUAGGUAAGCGAGUGAAGCCCUAUUUACCCCAGAUUUGUGGUACAGUAUUAUGGCGUCUAAACAACAAAUCAGCCAAAGUGCGACAGCAAGCUGCGGAUCUCAUCUCUCGAAUUGCAGUUGUCAUGAAGACAUGUCAAGAGGAAAAACUAAUGGGCCACUUGGGUGUUGUACUAUAUGAAUACCUUGGUGAAGAGUACCCUGAGGUUCUGGGUAGCAUCCUGGGAGCACUUAAAGCUAUUGUAAAUGUUAUAGGUAUGCAUAAGAUGACACCGCCUAUAAAGGAUCUACUUCCACGCCUUACUCCAAUCCUAAAGAAUAGGCAUGAGAAGGUUCAGGAGAAUUGUAUUGACCUGGUUGGGCGAAUUGCUGAUCGAGGUGCAGAGUAUGUAUCUGCUCGUGAAUGGAUGAGGAUCUGCUUUGAACUAUUAGAACUUUUGAAAGCACACAAAAAAGCCAUCAGAAGGGCAACAGUAAACACUUUUGGCUACAUUGCAAAAGCUAUUGGUCCCCAUGAUGUAUUGGCCACACUGUUAAAUAACCUGAAGGUUCAAGAGCGCCAGAACAGAGUCUGUACCACAGUAGCUAUUGCCAUUGUGGCAGAAACAUGUUCGCCGUUCACAGUGUUACCUGCCUUGAUGAAUGAGUACAGAGUUCCUGAACUGAAUGUCCAGAAUGGAGUGCUUAAAUCUCUUUCGUUUCUAUUUGAGUAUAUUGGAGAAAUGGGAAAGGAUUACAUUUAUGCGGUUACUCCAUUGCUUGAAGAUGCUUUAAUGGACAGAGACCUGGUUCACAGACAGACAGCAAGUGCGGUUGUGCAGCAUAUGUCGCUGGGAGUAUAUGGAUUUGGCUGUGAAGAUGCACUGAAUCACUUGUUAAAUUAUGUAUGGCCCAAUGUUUUUGAGACAUCGCCACAUGUUAUUCAGGCAGUCAUGGGAGCAUUGGAGGGUUUAAGGGUCGCAUUAGGUCCUUGUAGAAUGUUACAGUAUUGUUUACAGGGCUUGUUCCAUCCAGCUAGGAAAGUACGUGAUGUAUACUGGAAAAUCUACAACUCCAUCUACAUUGGUUCACAGGAUGCCCUAAUUGCACAUUAUCCAAGGAUCUUCAAUGAUGAAAAGAAUACACAUGUCCGCUAUGAACUUGAUUACAUCUUAUAAAAUGGACUUAAAUCUGUGCAUUGUCUUUGUUGUCUGCUAUUUUCCUGCAUUGAUAUUGCCCAAUCUUAUGCUGUGCUUCGGAUGUGACGUGAUAAGAGUUUGAAAUACAAACAUUAUCCUCUUGUUGGAGCAGAUUGUAAAGUAGUAAGUGAAUAAAUAGGGCUAGUAGCACAAUUUUAUUUUAAAUAGGACUUGUAGACCAUAAAUCCUGUAUCAUUACUUGUUCUUGAUGUUAAAUAACUAAAUCUUAUAGUGACCAACAGGAUGAUGAAUACUGAAUUUACAAUUCAUUUAAAUUUGUCUUUAUUGAGAUUUAGGUUUCAUUCCUUGUGUUAAAGGGUUGUUUCUAACAAAAAAAUAAACAAAAAGUCUGAUUCCAGUUUAUAUUUCUCAAGUUCUUUUGGGUUUUUUUAAGUAAGUUUUAAAUUGACUAGUUUUCAAAUAAGGAUCAUGUUGUCUUCAUUAAAUUUUUGUAUGUCGGUUUAAUUUCCCCACUUCCUUUGCAUGACCAAGUUUAUCUUUUCUACUUUUGCUAAAAUACAAUGGUUCACUUUGCACAACUUUUUCUACAGUUUGUGACAAAGAUCUUCAGAACUAACUUGUGAAAAGAUAUGUAAGAUAAUGAGUUGUGCAUGAACUACCUUAUUCAAAGCAAACGAGAGAUCCCUACUCCUUAGCAAAUUGUCUGCAAUCAAAUUAACAGUCUGAAAAUCACAAGUGAACUAAUUGAGUUUUGAAAUUGUGCCCUUGCAAGCUUGAAAAUGGCUAUUUAUUUCACUGGAACAUUUCUGACCCCCAUUAUGCCGUCUUUGGUGAACAUUAAGGAGACUUGCACUGUGGUUCCUGGCCCAUGGAGCUAAGUUAGUUAGUUAAAAUGUGCUUGGUUACCAACUAUUGAAAAGCUCCAAAAAGGCUAAAAAUGCAUUUGUUAUAUUUUGGACCAGGCAUUUUAGGAUUAUCUUCUCUGGAUUUCUCAGCUUCUUAACAAUGACAUUUGUAUUGGCUAAUUCCUCCAGGUUUGUGGAGGUAAAUUCAAUAAGUUCUGCUUCAUAUCAUUAAAUCUUUCCAACUAAUGUUGUAAAUACUUUAUAUUCUCUAUUGUGUAAUAUUUAUAAAUCCUUUGGUUACAGCUAGUUGCAUAAAGCAAAUUCAAUAUGAACUUCAGGAUUAAUGUUAAGAUCCCACUCUGGCAUGUUGAAAUUUGACAAUUUGUGAAUCCAACCAACAUGAUGAACUCGUCACUCGUUAAUUAUGUGGUCAGGUUCACUUAUGAUAUCUUAAUCCACAACUAGCAAGCUUGUACCUUUGCUUUCAUUUGAAGAAUUUAGUGUAGGUAAACUUGGUGUUUUAAUAAAUAUAUCUCUCUGUUA